ACUUUCAUAAAUAGCACCAAACACAACAUGUAAUAGAGGAAUAAUCAUCACUCUCUUUAAUUUUCUCUCUUCUAGCCAACAACAAAUUAUUAUCCACAAUGGGAAGAAAGUGUUCAUAUUGUGGAAAGAUAGGCCAUAACUCAAGGACCUGCACCACAAAUCGAGUCACUAAUACCCUAAGGCUCUUCGGUGUGCAACUCGACUUAUCUUCUUCUUAUUCCUCUAAUUCCUUUAAUGUCAACGUGAUCAAGAAAAGCCUCAGCACGGAUUGUUUUCCUUCUUCUUCCUCAUCAUCUUCUUUAUCAUCCUCGUCAAGACUUUCCAUUCAAGGAAAACUAGACAAGAUCACUUCUUCAUGCAUCGGUUACCUCUCUGCAGAUAACGACAACCUUAUAAUAAGGCCAAACCAAGAGAGAAAGAAGGGAGUGCCAUGGAAUGAGGAAGAACAUCGAAUGUUUCUAGCAGGGUUGGAGAAGUUGGGAAAAGGCGAUUGGAGAGGAAUUUCUAGGAACUUUGUGACGACAAGAACUCCCACUCAAGUUGCUAGCCAUGCUCAAAAAUACUUUAUACGGAAAGCUGCCCACAACAAGAUCAAUAAGAAGCGUUCAAGCCUCUUCGAUAUGGGAGCAAACCGGACAAUGACCAACAAUUUGGGAAUAACAAUGUCACAAACUAAAUGGAGCAACAAAGAAAAUGGUUGUCGUCGAUUAAACCAUUAUUCCGAACCAAAAUCAAUUCAACACACUUUUUCUUCUUCUACUAAAUAUGUUGUUGACUUAGAGCUCACACUAGCGGUUCCAAUAUUGACGAUUGAUCCAACAAACCCGUCUUCCAAUCAUCGCGUAAUGGGACCUAUCAGCGUUAUCUGACCACAUUCUGGUUGUGAAGCUAAUUAAUGAUUAUCACUUACUAUUUAUAUUACUUGAGGUUUAGACUAUUAAUGUAUUGUUCAAGAAACUAAUGAAGCACUAAUAUGUAUCCUACAUAUGUUUGUUUUCUAGAUCCAUUUUAGUAAAUGAUAAUUAUACUCUAUAUGUUUAAUUAUAAGCCAUAUUUUAAUUCUUUACUAACCACGAAAACUGUAAAAAUUAUGUCAUAUGUGAUAAAAUUGAAGGGGUAUAAGUUACCAUUUGAAUGAGUUUCAUUGUCAUGUUAA